CCUUUCCGUGCACAAAAAACACGGAAGCAGUAUGGCGUCAAACAACAAUAGCUCCGACAGGCAACGAAUUGCACAGCAAAGAUUAAGCAGAAUUGCAGCUCAUUUACAUAAACAUGAGCACGGUAACUCGGGAAUUAUCGCAAAAGAAUGCAAAAUUGAUGCGACUGGUUCAACGGAAGAAAAUAAAGGGACGGUGCGGAGAAAGAGGUAUAGGCUAAGUGGGAUGACCCUGCCCAGAUUGCAGGACUGGUUUGAAAAUACCUUUGGUGCCAGUGUGAAGCAUAAAAGCCCUGCGACACCAGUCCUGAAUGCCAGCGUUGUGCCGCCGCCCAGACUGAACGAGGCAUUCGUAGAGAACCUGAAGGCCACAGGCAUCCCAUUCUCCAAUGAGGCGGAGGACAGGGUGUUCCGUGCCCACGGUCAUUGCUUACAUGAAAUCUUUGCUCUCAGAGAAGGGAAGAAAUUUGAGCGCAUUCCAGACAUGGUGGUGUGGCCAAACUGCCACAACGAUGUGGUGAAAAUUGUGGAGCUGGCGUGCAAGCACAAUGUUUGUCUGAUACCGUACGGCGGAGGGACCAGUGCUCUAGAGUGCCCCCCGGAGGAGACCCGUUGCAUCGUCUCUCUGGAUACUUCCCAGAUGAACCGCAUAUUGUGGCUCGACGAGCAGAAUUUAGUCGCCCACAUUGAAGCUGGCAUCAUCGGUCAGGGUCUGGAGAGAUUACUCAAUGAGAGUGGCUACUGUACGGGGCAUGAGCCAGACUCCAUGGAGUUCACUUCGCUGGGCGGCUGGGUGGCUACUAGAGCAUCGGGCAUGAAGAAGAACGUAUAUGGUAACAUUGAGGACCUGGUGAUCCACAUAAAGGCGGUGACCCCUCGAGGGGUGAUAGAGAAGAGCUGCCAGGGGCCACGCAUGUCCACUGGGCCAGACAUCCACCACUUCAUCCUGGGCUCAGAAGGAACCCUUGGUGUGGUUACCGAGGUAACGAUGAAGAUCCGACCAAUCCCAGAGUACCAGAAGUAUGGCUCGGUGGUCUUCCCUAACUUUGAGGCAGGCGUGGCCUGCUUACGAGAGGUUGCCAAGCAGAGGUGUACACCGGCUCCCAUCCGGCUCAUGGUCCCAGAGGUGUACACCGGCUCCCAUCCGGCUCAUGGUCCCAGAGGUGUACACCGGCUCCCAUCCGGCUCAUGGUCCCAGAGGUGUACACCGGCUCCCAUCCGGCUCAUGGAUAACAAACAGUUUCAUUUCGAAACAAACCAAGCGGUGCGGUGGCUGAGGACGACUGAUGUAGCCAUGUCAAGCCCCCCCAUUGGAAAGCUGCUGAUGUAUUGUCCCUGUUGCAGCCGGCCUACUGGUUACUUGUCAAGUCAUGCCCUGAAACCUCAAGUGUCGUCCAUUUUCACACAUUUUGUUGAAGGGUUAAAGAAAUUCUACAUCACCAAGUUGAAAGGUUUCGACCCCCACCAGUUGGUGGUUGCCACCCUUCUGUUUGAAGGGGACCGCGAGAGGGUCCUGCAGCAUGAAAAACAAGUUUAUGACAUCGCAGCAACAUUUGGGGGCCUGGCAGCUGGAGAGGACAAUGGGCAGAGAGGCUACAUACUGACCUUUGUCAUCGCUUACCUCCGGGACUUGGGGAUGGACUACUGUGUGGUCGCAGAAUCCUUUGAGACAUCGGUGCCUUGGGACAGGGUAUUGGACCUUUGCCAGAAUGUCAAGGAGAGAAUUAUCAGAGAGUGUAAAGAAAGAGGAGUCCAUCAGUUUCAACCGUUGACCUCGUGCAGAGUGACUCAGACCUAUGACUCUGGCGCAUGUAUAUACUUCUACUUUGCCUUCAACUACAGAGGACUGGCGGAUCCAGUCCAUACAUACGAACAAGUGGAGCAUGCUGCCAGAGAGGAGAUCCUAGCCAAUGGAGGAAGCCUCUCGCACCACCAUGGAGUUGGGAAACUUCGUAAGGAGUGGAUGAAGGACAGCAUCUCUAACGUGGGCGUCGGGAUGCUCAAGUCCGUUAAGGACUAUGUGGACCCGGAAAACAUUUUCGGCAACCGAAACCUCCUCUAAUUUAUUUACAUGACAUUUUUAUAACAACCUCUUGGAAUAAUGGUUACUAAAUAUGACGAGCAGUAUCAAUGUCAUUCACCUUCGGGGUGACUUUGUUGUGCAGUCAACAUCAGUCAGAUGACUUGCCUUACUGCACUUAACAUGCUGGGGCGGCAGCGUAGCCUAGUGGUUAGAGCGUUGGACUAAUAACCGGAAGGUUGCAAGUUCGAAUCCCCGAGCUGACACGGUACAAAUCUAUCGUUCUGCCCCUGAACAGGCAGUUAACCCACUAGGCCGUCAUUGAAAAUAAGAAUUUGUUCUUAACUGACUUGCCUAGUAAAAUAAAGGUUAAAAUAAAUGCUGUAACGGUCAUAAUGGUCUAUGAUUCAUUUAGAAGCUCAUUGCAUCAGGUCCUCAGUAGUGUCCUCGUCCAGGAUGAUCUGGUGAAUGAAGCCGUGUGUAUCAUACUGACGAUAGUACUGUAAAUGUGUGAUGAGAUGCGGUCAUUUCAGUCACGUGUCUACAACCACGCCGUAAGAAUGCCCUUUUUCAUAUUGUACAUGAUGCAGGAUAACAUCCCAUAUUUGCCUAUAAUUUAAUUUUCCUAUAAUUCUUGCCAAUUUCAUUAACUAGAUGUUUUUUUGGUAGAUGUUUAUUUUACCUGUGUAUUGGCAGUACUUUAGCAGGGAGUUCUAGAUGAAUGCUUUUUCUAAAGCUCUGUGCCUUUCUGAAGAUGUCUGUCUUCACCCUUUCCUACACAACACACACACACUGGUUUAUUUAUGGCGUCCUGUAUGUUCCCUUAUGUGCGUGUCCUUCAUUCUAGAUGUCCUGUUUCCAGUUGGUCUUUGCUUCUCCACUCAAGCCGUGUAUUACUUAUACUAUUAAUGAUUACUGGGAGAUGUGUGUUUUGUUUUACCUACCUAAGAGGAUUUAUAUUACGUUGGAAGUCGUGCCUCUUCUGAAAAUGUACCUUUGGGUUAAAAUGGCCCUCAAACCCAAACGUUAAACUGUAUAUGAAGAAACUAGGAUAUGAUGCAUAUCAACGUAUUUUUUCUUAUUAAAAAAAAGUUUUAUUUUAGAUUUGACCUUGCAUGGUUUUUGCCUGUCAUACAGAGUUCAGUUUGUGGACAGAGACAUACGUGCUUUUAGUGUGAACAUUUUACAGACUACUGAAUCCCAAUACCCAUGUUUGUUCCAAAGACUUUCAGCACAGCCCUUUCACUACUUUAUAUAGACCAUGCAAACAUCCUGGAUAUGUAGGUCUGUACAUGCCGUAUAGUUAAAUGUAUGGCACGUUCAUACAGUUAAUACAUGAACCUAUAUCCUGAUUAAACUUCUUUUUUUUUCGAUAUGCAAAUUUACAAAUAUCAAAAGAUGUGUUCAUAUUUGUUACUUUAAAUGUUACGUGUUCAUGUCAAAGAAAAACAUUUUCUUUAAAUUCAAUUACAAUAUUUUGUCACUACUUAAAACAGUUGCUUGAGGUUGUAUUUAGACAACAACGAAAUGCAUCCGACUGGUGUCUGUUCCCUGGUGAGCGUCCCAGCGUUGUGGUAAUGUUGGAAACGAUACAUUUGAGUGAAAGAUAAUUGUACCUUUCGUCACAAUUUACAGAUGAUUAUGCUUAUCAGUUUGGCCUCUUUGCGAGGCAUGUGUCGAUGUUGUGCCCAAUCCUAAACUCAGAAAUGGGAUUGUACUGUACGGUGCUUGAGUAAGAUGCAUGAAAUGUAUUGCUACCGUUUUACUGUCACUACUGCGUUCCUCCUGUUCUCGGCGUCGCAGCUUUCCCACAAUGCAUUGUCACCUUCCUGCCCAAGUAUCUCUUUUUUUUUUUUUUUUUUUUUUUUUUUUUUAUUAACAACAAA